AAUCAGGAGGCUUGAAGACAAUUAAUUAAAGAUUUUUCUAUGAAAUGGGCUUUUCAACAAUUCAUAUAAAAUGUUCUCCUUUUUUCAGUAUGGAUGACGAUGAAAACCCUCCUGACUUGUUUAUUGGUCUGGAUUUCAGUACACAGCAGAUCAAAGCUGUUGUUAUCAACACAGAGCUUCAGGUGGUUGCCGAGGCAUUUGUACAAUUUGACAGUAUGUUACCAGAGUUCAGAACCCAGGGGGGUGUACAUAUAUCAGGCAGUACUGUGACUGCCCCAACCCUUAUGUGGGUGAAAGGACUCGAUAUUCUUCUAGAAAAGCUCAGAGUGGAGGGUGUAGAUCUGAGCAGGGUUGGAGGUAUUAGUGGAGCAGGUCAGCAGCAUGGUUCUAUAUACUGGAGACCAGGGGUUGAGCAGGUACUCAGGGACCUGCAGCCGGACCGGUUUCUCCAUGAUCAGCUGAGUUCCGGAUUCUCUAUCCCGGAUUCCCCAGUAUGGAUGGAUUCAUCUACAAACAAACAGUGUCAACAGUUAGAAGAGCACCUGGGUGGACCAGAGACUCUGACUGCUCUGACCGGCUCUAGAGCUUACCACAGGUUCACCGGAAAUCAAAUUGCUAAAAUCAGAGAGGAGAAACAGGAAGCUUAUGAUAACACUGAACGAAUUUCUCUAGUGUCUUCCUUUGCAGCCAGUCUGUUUGUUGGGCGUGUUGUUGGUAUUGACUGGUCUGAUGGUGCAGGAAUGAAUAUUCUAAAUAUUACAAAUAAACAGUGGGUUCCACAGAUACUAACCUUUCUAGGAGAAGGAUUAGAAGACAAGUUGGGGUCUCCUGUCCCUACAGAUAGUGUUGUUGGUACAGUUUCUCCAUAUAUGCAGGAAAGAUAUGGUUUCAACCCUACAUGCAUUGUAGGAGCAUUUACAGGAGAUAAUCCUAGCAGUCUUGCCGGACUUUGCCUUCAUGAGGGGGACAUAGGAUACUCUUUAGGAACAUCUGAUACUAUAUUUGUGUGGGUAAAGGAACCGAAUCCUCAGCUGACAGGAUCCAUAUUCCCUAAUCCAGUUGAUCCAGCAGCAUACAUGGCAAUGCUCUGCUACAAGAAUGGGUCCUUAACUAGAGAAAAAUUCAGAGAUUCCAACGCUGGUGGUUGUUGGACGAGGUUCAAUAACCUGCUCGAGUCUACCCCUAGAGGUAAUUUUGGAAACCUGGGAUUCUACUUCACGCUACCGGAAAUAGUUCCUGCGGGGAUACAGGGAGACUUCCGGUUUAAUAAAUCAGAUGAACCAGUUUUGAAAUUUGCAAGCGAAGAAACGGAGAUCAGGUGAAAAAAAGAGAGUUUACUUACUUACUUGGGAAAUGGGAAUACUUGUAGAUUUGUCAUCAGAGUUCCAGAUAGGAGCAUAGAGAUGACGUCUUUAUGUAUCCAGGAUUUUGCUCAUAGGUUUCUUAUUCCUGCUGUUCUGGUAUUUUAUCAUAUAAAUACUUGAAAGUUUUAAUAUUUCCUGAUCUUUUGAUAUAUUCUGGUAAUUUGUUCCAUUUCUCCGCUACUCUGUUGGUGAAGAAAUUUCUUCUAACCUCAGUCCUGCAUCUGGUUGUUAGUAUAUUUAAUGCAUCAGAAGAUUGCCUGGUAACCCUGACUGAUUCUUCUCCUGCAGUUUGGAAGAACUGUCUCCUGUCUACAUCAUCAUAAUUGUGCAUGAGUUUGAACACUUGAAUCAUGUCAUAUCUAAUCCUUCUUUCUUCUAAAGAUUGAAGACCAAGCUCUUUUAGCUUAUCCUCAUACUCCUUGCUUUGCAGACCUGAAAUCAUUGUUACAGCUUUCAUUUGUACUUUUUC